AUGCUUACAACUUUGCAUUUCACCUCUCAUGAAGAUUUCGCUGGGGCAAAUAAUUCAGAAAAGAAGCCUGAGCUGGAUCAUAAAAUUGUUUUCCUUGGAAACGCAAAAACUGGCAAGACAUCAAUUAUCUCUAGAUUUUUGCAUAACACUUUUUCUGAAGAGUACGCAUUCACAAUAGGUGCUGCUUAUACCAAAAAGGAAUAUUUAUAUUUAAACCAUGUUAUUAGGCUUUCUAUGUGAGAUACUGCAGGUGAAGAAAGAUAUAUGUCUUUGAUCCCUAUGUAUUUGCCAAAUUCUGAUGAAGUUGUUAUUGUAUUUGAUGUCACAAACAGAAAAAGCUUUGAGGAUAUUGAAAAUUGGAUUUCGUUUGUUAAUUCAGCAAUAAGAGACCCCAUGAUUUUUGUUGUUGGGAACAAAAUAGAAGAGGAUAGAGUGAUAAACUUUGAUGAAGCUCACCAGAAGUGCUCUGAAUUAGGCUGCUUUUAUUUUGAAGUGAGUGCGAAGUUCAAUGUUCAUGUACAAGAGCUGUUUUUGGUCAUGGCAAAAAAAACUAAAACUUCAAUUAAAAGUGGAAAAUUUGGAAAGAGGGACGAUGCUAUUAAUCUUAAUUAUCUAUAACACUUAACGUCCACUACGGGGUAGCCAACUCCAGAGCUGCCACCAUAUUUAUUCACGUGUCGGGCCCAGAAAUCGCUGGAUCGAUCCCUUUUGAUCGCCAAGGCACGAGUAAAUAAGGCGUCCCGGCUUCGACGGGCUUCGCUGCUGCCACAGCUUUGUUUCGACUCACCUCCUGCGCGUGCUCCGCCUGAGGGUCCAUCUCCCUUUGGAUGUGCUGAGGGGUAAAAACUCCAGAUCUUGAUUGCACUAAGGAGUAGUUCCUUUGGUUAUCCCCAAAGUUAAACCGCUAUUGCUGUGCAGAAGUUCUUGAGGUGAAAACCCAACCCUAUAAAUAAAAUUGCUUGAGUGAGAGAAAGUUAGCGGAGCUAACUUCGCUUGAGCGAAAGCCAUUUUAUUUAUGACAAUGCUAUUAAUCAAAUGUAA